UGGGGUGACAGGGGUCUCGAGCACCUCAGUCUUAACUAUGGCGACGAGAGAGUAGGAAGACAGCCGACGCCGCGCAAGGAUUCCCACACACACCCCGCAUCUCUUUGAUUUUUCUUGUGGGGGAAAUAGCUAGCGACGCAGAUGAAGUAAACAAUAACGUUGAGCUAGUGAGUGAGGUUAGUGUUUGUUGGGGAGCUCCCCUGGUGACAGCUGCCCAUCCUCAGCUUGUGUCCCGCGCCACACCACCACCACCACCACCACUACUACCACUACAACACCGCCACCACUGCGCCGCCUCUACUGCUGCUACUUCUAAGAGUCAUUUGCUACCACCACCACCACCACCAUUCCACACCACCUCAGUAAGAAGUCCCAGGGAACAGUGAUGUCUCCCAAGAUGGAUGGCCUAAGCAGUGAGAGCAGUGAGGAGUCAUCCCACAGCGGGACAUCUGGCUCCCGCCGCAUCGUCAAGAACACUGAGGAGUACCGCAAACGCCGUGAUCGUAACAACCAGGCAGUGAAGAGGUCGCGGCUCAAGACAAAGAAGAAGACGCAGGAGAUGGUGGACCGUGUGACUCAGCUGAGAAAUGAGAAUGAAGAGCUGGAGGAGAACAUCAAGAUACUGAACAAGGAACUGGGCUUACUGAAGGGCCUGUUUCUGGAGCAUGCAGGGAAUGCCCACGGUGUGAGGCUGAAUGAGGCAGAGCUGGCCCGGAUGCUGGACGAGGACCUUGAGGUGGACAAGGGAGUCGCCCUGCUGAUGAACCUCUCCCAAGGCAGCUCCCCCCAGAACAAGUGGAACUAGCACCCCCUCACCAACAACCAAUGACAACACUGCUGCGCCUCCGCUGUUCACGUCUUUCACUCCCUGAGGUUUGCCGAGCCCCUGCAGGUCCUGGCUGGGGAGCGCCACCCCCUAGCCAUGCAUUGACCCUCAAGUGUCUCCACAGCUCCCUGUGACUCGUUCUCCAGCCACGACCUGCGGAGGACUUGGGCGACUCUGGGGAGGGUGAAGUGUGUAGUGGCGAGGACAUGCAGGCCUUGACAGGCACCUCCCUGUGAGGCUGACGCUGGUCCACGUAACCAUUCACUUGCCAGUAUUCAUGACACUAAACACUCAGGACUGUCUUGACAAAAAGAAGUACACUAGACAAAUAAAGGUGUAGCCUCACAUAUAUUUUCAUACAAUCACACACUUUCCUCCGAACGGUCAUUGUUGUUGUUGUCGUCCGGCAUUUGGGAGGUGGACGUGUGCGUGGAGCAGCCGCCAAGCCAUUUUUGUUGUACCUGAGGACGCGUCACUGUCUCGUUAUGUAGUUGAGUGUGUAGCAAGCGAGGCGCCGCACCGCACUGCACCACCCUGGCAGCCCCGCCCCGUGUUCCCUCCUGCCGGGGCGCAGAGUGGCCGGCCGGUGGGGUGCGGGGUGGCGCCUGCAGCCAGAGGUGACCCAGCAAGCAGCUCAACUAGAGGAAUGGUCCAGAUAGAGUGACAGGAGGACGUCACUACCAUGCUGUUGUUCACUGUUCAGGAAACAUUAAUUCCAUUUUGUUCCGACUCGCUCGUCUUACCCACAUGUGUUUGUUUCCAUUCGGGAGGAACAAAAUUCAAUGAUGGUUUCCCAUGUUUCUUUUCCUUAUUUUUAUUUUUAUUUUUUUCUAGUUGGUGGAUAUUUUUUUUAAGCUUCUUGCCAAUAUACUCUAUAGCCAAUAUGCACACAGCAUAUAACUUAAGUGUCUCAUCUCACUUGUUUCUUUGGGUACACAAUUAUUUGAAAUAAAGUAGAUUUUGGAUGAAUUGUGAAAAUAUCUUUUUAUUAUUUUUCCACUGUUGUGCCCCUGCUGAGUGUCUUGCAGGAGGGGAGGCACGGAGGGCUGUGGUGUGGCCUGCGGAGAGGCACACACACACGCACACACACACACAUGGGAACACAAGCACCUCACUCUGCCACACACCUUGACAACGUAAAUACAGACCAAUCACACUUGACAAAUGAGGUGUGUUCCUUAAAAACAACAUUCAGAAAUAUAAUUCUGAAAUCUAAAUCAAAUGUCUCCUGUUUUUUUUUUCUAUAAUGAAGGAGGUAAUUCCUCAUGCAUACAGUUUAUACAUUUGUACAUCAGAAUAACAGAUUGAAUUGUUUUAUCAAUUUCCUGGAACAUUUAUGAGCAAUGUUUGUUCUGAUUCACCUCUACCUGCCACAAGGUUUCUGACAAGUAGCUCAGAUAACAGGCAGAGUGCUGUGUGGUCUUCCUUCUGUGUCUGUGCCUUUCCAUGCCAACCAACCAUUGACUUGCUCACUAGUUUUAUUAUUUAACUUUAUUUUAUCUUUUAUUUCCAUAUUUUUUUGAGUCGCCACCGUAUGAGGUCUGGCAGCACACAGGCAGCAGGAGGAGUUACUGGUGCUGUCUGUGUGGCGUCCUGACAGGCAAGGGAAGGAGUGUCCAGAUUUAGUUCAGUGUCUGUUCUUGUAUCCACGAGAGGGAACUAGUGGUGACCUUGGCCAAUACCGAGGAUAGCUGAACCUUGCUAAGUAGCUUUGGUGACUGUCUUGUCAAGCUUCAAGCCUUGUUAUAUAGGACAUCAUUAUAUAUGUGCGUGUAUAAUUGUGUGGGCGUGUAUGUACGGUAAUGCUACCUACUCUGCUCUGUGUGGCAGUUUUGGGUUUUUUUCCACUUCUAAGUACUGCAUAAUGGCAGGAUUCCUCAUUGAACGUCAGGUAAAGAAUUCUGCAUUUUUCAGUUCCCAGGGUGCAGCAUAAACACUACAUGGAUGUGACAAAGUAGCAGUUUUUAUACCUUUUAUAAUAGCACACUGUGAAUUGCCUCCCUUUUUUGUCACUCCCGGGAACUCUAACAGUAGCUCCGUCAGGAUCCAUCAAGGUGGUUUGUUUACUGAAAACUGUCCACAGUACAAAAUAAAAUGACAUACACA